AGUGAUGGGAUUCCAUGGUCAGAAGAAAGGGUGGUGCGGAAAGUCCUCUAUCUGUCUCUGAAGGAGUUCAAGAAUGCCCAGAAGAGGCAGCACGGGGAAGGCAUUGCUGGGAGCCUGAAGACCGUGAAUGGGCUCCUUGGUCAUGGCCAGUCUAAGGGAUUAGGACCAGCGUCAGAACAGUCAGAGAAUGAGAAGGACGAUGCAUCCCAGGUGUCCUCAACUAGCAACGAUGUUAGUUCUUCAGAUUUUGAAGAAGGGCCGUCGAGGAAAAGGCCCAGGCUGCAAGCACAGAGGAAGUUUGCUCAGUCUCAGCCGAACAGUCCCAGCACAACCCCGGUGAAGAUCGUGGAGCCGUUGCUGCCCCCUCCAGCUACUCAAAUUUCUGACCUCUCUAAAAGGAAGCCCAAGACAGAAGAUUUUCUUACCUUUCUCUGCCUUCGAGGCUCUCCUGCGCUGCCCAACAGCAUGGUUUAUUUCGGAAGCUCUCAGGACGAGGAGGACGUCGAGGAGGAAGACGAUGAGACGGAAGACGUCAAAACAGCCACCAACAAUGCUUCAUCUUCAUGCCAGUCAACCCCCAGGAAAGGAAAAACCCACAAGCACGUUCACAAUGGACAUGUUUUCAAUGGUUCCAGCAGGUCUCCACGGGAGAAAGAACCUGUUCAAAAACACAAAAGCAAAGAAGCCACUCCCGGGAAGGAGAAGCACAGCGAUCACCGGACUGACAGCCGGAGGGAACAGGCGUCAGCGGCCCCGCCCCCAGCGGCCCCCUCCACGGGUUCCUCGGCCAAGGGGCUCGCUGCUAACCACCACCACCCCCCUCUGCAUCGGUCGGCUCAGGACUUACGGAAGCAGGUUUCGAAGGUAAACGGAGUCACUCGAAUGUCGUCAUCUCUGGGUACAAGUGCGACCGGUGCCAAAAAGAUGCGCGAAGUCAGACCUUCACCGUCCAAAACUGUGAAGUACACUGCAACGGUGACUAAGGGGACUGUCACAUACACCAAAGCCAAGAGAGAACUGGUCAAGGAAACCAAACCCAAUCCCCACAAGCCCAGUUCCGCCGUCAACCACACAAUCUCAGGGAAAACCGAAAGUAGCAAUGCAAAAACCCGCAAACAGGUGCUAUCCCUCGGGGGGGCGUCCAAGUCCACCGGGCACGCCGUCAAUGGCCUCAAGGUCAGUGGCAGGUUGAACCCAAAGUCAUGCACUAAGGAGGUGGGGGGGCGGCAGCUGAGGGAGGGGCUGCGGAACUCCAAGAGGAGACUGGAGGAGGCCCAGCAGCCCGAGAAGCCGCAGUCGCCCCCCAAGAAGAUGAAAGGGUCGGCCGGCUGCGCCGAAGCCCCCGGCAGGAAGGCGGCCGCGGCGGUCCCCGCGGCCCCGGCCCCCGCCCCCGCGGAGAGAGCCCCGCCGCCCGGCCACGCCAAGAAGGAGGUGCCCGAGCGGAGCUCGGAGAGGAGCCGGCCGAAGCGGGCCGCGGCCGGCAAGAGCACGCCGGGCAGACAAGCACACGGCAAGUCGGACGGCGCCUCCUGUGAAAAUCGUUCUACCUCGCAAACGGAGCCCUUGCACAAGCCGCACGAGGCGGCGGCCAAGCCCGACAAGGGGGGCGGCCGGGCCGGCUGGGCGGCCAUGGACGAGAUCCCCGUGCUCAGGCCGUCCGCCAAGGAGUUCCACGACCCGCUCGUCUACAUCGAGUCGGUCCGCGCUCAGGUGGAGAAGUACGGCAUGUGCAGGGUGAUCCCGCCUCCGGACUGGCGGCCCGAGUGCAAGCUCAACGACGAGAUGCGGUUUGUCACGCAGAUUCAGCACAUCCACAAGCUGGGCCGGCGCUGGGGCCCCAACGUGCAGCGGCUGGCCUGCAUCAAGAAGCACCUCAGAUCUCAGGGCAUCACCAUGGACGAGCUCCCGCUCAUAGGAGGCUGCGAGCUCGACCUGGCCUGCUUUUUCCGGCUGAUUAACGAGAUGGGCGGCAUGCAGCAAGUGACUGACCUCAAAAAGUGGAACAAACUGGCGGACAUGCUGCGCAUCCCCAAAACCGCCCAGGACCGGCUGGCCAAGCUCCAGGAAGCCUACUGCCAGUACCUGCUGUCCUACGACUCCCUGUCCCCGGAGGAGCACCGGCGGCUGGAGAAGGAGGUGCUGAUGGAGAAGGAGAUCCUGGAGAAGCGGAAGGGGCCCCUCGAGGGCCACACGGAGCAUGACUACAACAAGUUCCACCCCCUGCCUCGCUUCGAGCCCAAGAACGGGCUCAUCAACGGCGUGGCCCACAGGAACGGCUUCCGCAGCAAGCUCAAAGAGGUGGGCCAGGCCCAGCUCAAGACGGGCCGACGGCGACUCUUUGCUCAGGAAAAGGAAGUGGCUCGAGAGGAGGAGGAGGACAAGGGCAUCCUCAGUGACUUCCACAAAUGCAUAUACAAGAAACCACGGAAGAACGUGCUCUCCGGAGGGUCCUCGGUGCCGACCGCAGGGAAAGAGGGCCCCUCGGCCUCGCACCAGCAGCAGACGGACCCCUGCCCUGAUCCGGCAGAGAUGGAGGCCGUGCACCAGGCGGGCCUCGCACAGGCACACCCGCACGGAUGGAACCUCACCGUCCUCCCCAAUAACACAGGGUCCAUCCUGCGUCACCUCGGUGCUGUGCCUGGAGUGACAAUUCCCUGGCUAAACAUCGGCAUGGUCUUUUCUACCUCAUGCUGGUCUCGAGACCAAAACCACCUUCCCUAUAUCGACUACUUACACACUGGUGCUGACUGCAUUUGGUAUUGCAUUCCUGCUGAGGAGGAGAACAAGCUGGAGGAUGUGGUCCACACCCUGCUGCAAGCCAACGGUACCCCAGGGCUACAGAUGCUGGAGAGCAACGUCAUGAUCUCCCCGGAGGUGCUGUGCAGGGAGGGGAUCAAGGUUCACAGGACCGUGCAGCAGAGCGGUCAGUUUGUCGUCUGCUUCCCGGGGUCCUUUGUGUCCAAAGUGUGCUGCGGCUACAGCGUCUCUGAGACCGUGCACUUUGCCACCACCCAGUGGACGAGUAUGGGCUUCGAGACGGCCAAGGUAAGGGACCCUGGGCCCCAGGCCCUGGUGUGCGCUUCCCGCUGCCAGAGGCUUUCCCACGGGCUGGCAGGCAGUCGGGGCCUGUCCGGCUUGCAGAUCACCCAGGAGGCAGUUGGAGUUUCGGGGCAGGAGCAGAUCAUCAGUCUGGUCAAUCAGAUCUGCGGCAAAGUGUCUGGUAAGAAUGGCAGCAUCGAGAACCGUCUCGGCAAACCCACACCGAAAAGAGGGCCCCGCAAGAGGGCGACCGUGGACGUGCCGCCACCCCGGCUUUCCUCCUCCGGUUCCCCCCGAAGUGCUUCGAGCUCGUCGUGA